AUGUCCGAUCCCCUCUCAGUAGCAGGUACUGCUGUUGGAAUUGUGUCGCUGGGAAUACAAGUCUGCCAGGGCCUCAUUAAUUACAUUCAAGCAGCGAAAGGACGCAAAGAAGAGAUUCAAGACAGCAUACAGGACGUACAACAAGUUGUGUUACUAAUCUACAGCCUCAACAACACACUCCGCGGUAUCAACACAAGGCGAUACACAGAAUCGCUUGCAGCCAGUCUCAAAAGAUGCUAUUCGAGUCUCGAGAAGCUGCAGGCUUUUCUUGUCAAGCUCAACCCUCCGCAACAAUCCAGUGGCACCUCACGGAUAUCCACAAUAGCUGGAAUUCUUGUGGGCAUCGGUGACCAGCAACACGAGACACAAUGGCUUAUCCGUGACUUUGGCCAAAUGGUUGACGGACGAUUAACGGUGAUUGAAACAGGGCUCAGCUCCAUCGCACAUAACAAUGGUGUGACGGCUGCGAAGAUCGAAGAGAUUACGCAGACAUUAGCCUCCCACUCAGAAUCACUCUCGAAUAUGGGAAUACAAAUUUCACGAGUCCAGGGGUAUGCUCGCACUGGUCCUAUCGCGCAGCAACAGGCCACAAACCCUCUAGCACUUGGUCACCUUAUCUCAGACGAACCGGGUCUAGGCAUGAGUCUUUCAUCGAGGUGCAAUUGUGCGUCGAUUUUGCCCACAUCAAGAACUUCAUUCAUGCUCUGGCAUUUGAAGUUUGAACUUGCAGUACAAGACCAGCACCAUCGAGGCUGUGUGUUAUUCGAUAUCCAAAGGAACAACAAGCGAAAGGCGUUGGCACGAUUCCCCUACAAGGUUGCUUGGUUUUCCGCUCGCAUGGCUUUGGCUUGCGUCGAAUAUACAACUGGAACUAGCAAGCUUGGCAUUUCAGUGCCGUACAGGAACGUUGUUCAUAGCGAUCACAGUCCUCUGCUUCAAACUUUUGAGGUAAUCUGGGAAUGGGACAUUAAAUCGAGGCCAGCAACACGAAUCAUUCAAGACAUUGAAUCGAUUGAACGUCAAGUCUUGUCCAUGUAUCGGGACGGAACAGCCUCUCCAAACGAUAGAGACGAGGUCAAUAUGAACCAUGCCGAGACUUUCUUUGAAUCCUUUAUUAAUUUUGAUCCUGACGGCACUUUACUUGACCGAAUGAUAAAAGAUGAUCGAGUUCUCUUUGCGAUCCUGCGGGUCUUUCAGACGCUACUCCUAAUUAAUCAUGAUAUUGACGGAACUUUGUAA